AACAGAGGAGGGACGGGAUGCCUCCUCUUCUAGGCCGCCGAGCUUCUUCUUCUUCUCCGCGAUUGCCCGGCGAUGGAGGACGCCUCCACCACCAGUAGCAGCAGCAGCAAGGAGAACGUCCGCCUGGAUGUGAUGAAGUAUUUCGACGAGUUUCGCGAGCGAGGGAUGCUUGCGAACGAAGCAGCAGCAUUGGCGCUGAAGGUCGCGUAUGGCAAUGUGGAUCCUCCUCUGGAUCCAGCGUCUCUGCUGGAUGCGAUCGCAAAGGCCGGAGAGACGAGGCAGUACCGGGAGCUCAUCGAGACGAUCAAGUUCGCGUUCUCGUCCGUGGAUGUUGUUAGUACUUGCUUCCUCUCGAAAACUCCUCCAAACAGUGAUUCUAGUAGCUCCCUAGUGGCUGGAAUGGAGCUAUCGCUUCUCGAGGACUUCUACGUUUCGGCACUAAGGCUGGAAGCCCCGGAAGUCAAUCUCGCGAUCAUGGAAGCUAACGAGCAAUUGCUGGCUUCGUUGCUUCGCUCUCUCAAAGAUGGAAGUUGGCCAUCGGGAUCUUUGCGUGCUGUUAUUAUCAUGCUUGAGAAUAGGCUUUUCAUGGAGCCUGAUUACUACGGUACUCUCUCGAGACUGUGGCGAUUGGUCUUGGACGCACCGCAGAGCUUCAGGGCCAGUUUGUUCUCAGCUUUGAAAGAAUACGAUGGAAAGCAAUUAGAGCGGCUUGUAGUUGUCAUUCAGCAGUUUAUCACCAUACAACUUUACGAGUUUCAACAAGUAAACACAAUGGUCGUCUCGGGUGUAGAAAUUCUGGGAUUCAUCUACUCUGUCAAUGAAUCUUCGCUCCGGAUUGGCCACUCGGCUUUCUACAAUGAUGCUGUAAACAACGACGACUUCAAUCUCAAGGACGAUUUUAGUCGCUGGGUUGAUCCAACAAGGCAGCAGUUCUCAUUUUGCCAGUAUCCGUUUGUUUUCGACCCGUCUAGCAAGAGUAAAAUUCUUCAGAUGGACUCGAUAUUUCAAAUGACGGAGGAGUUUGAGGAUGCGAUUCUUCGGUCGGUUUUUAUUGGCAUGACAUGCCCCUAUUUAAUACUGAGAGUCAGGCGAGAUUUUCUAGUUCGGGACACAAUUGUGCAGAUCCAAGAACAGUUAGGUGAUUUGAAAAAGCCUUUGAAGGUUGUGUUUGUGGGGGAGGAGGGAAUUGACGAAGGUGGGGUACAAAAAGAGUUUUUCCAGCUUCUUGUUCGCGAGCUUUUCAAUCCACAGUAUGGAAUGUUCUCGUACAGCGAUGAAGCCCGAUGUUUCUGGUUCAAUGCAACACCGUCCGAACUAAAUUUCGACACGGAGUUUGAAUUGGUUGGAAUUCUUCUGGGACUGGCCAUUUACAAUGGUCAUAUCCUGGAUCUACACUUCCCGACCGUAGUGUACAAAAAACUACUGGGGAAACCAUUAGCUCUGGACGACUUGGGUCAGGUGAAGCCUGACCUUGCCAAGGGUUUGGAGCAUCUGUUGAGAUUCACGGGUGAUGUUGAGGAAACGUAUUCACGAACGUUCCAAAUCUCGGAAAUAGAUAUGUUUGGGCGGACAGCCACGGUGAACCUGAAAGAAGGCGGUGAGAACAUUGAUCUUAACUUGCAAAACAGGGACGAGUACGUAAAGCUGUGUGUUGAGUACUACCUUGGAAAAUCCAUCGCGAGGCAGUUCGAAUGUUUCUCUCAAGGAUUUCGCCGGCUAUGCAAGGGGCGAGUCCUUGAUCUCUUUCAGCCAGUGGAGCUGGAGCAGCUAAUUUGCGGCAGCCCCGGGCUUGAUUUUGAGGCAUUGGAGAAGGUUGCCAUGUAUGACGAUGGCUACACAAAAGAGUCUCGUAUUAUACGGGAAUUUUGGGAGGUUGUCCAUUCUUUCACGGAGGAGCAAAAAAGAAAGCUUUUGUUCUUCACAACUGGCAGCGAUCGUGCCCCCAUCAAAGGCCUCUCGAAUCUCCAGUUCGUCAUCUCGCGAAACGGACCUGAUUGUGAGAGGCUUCCAACCGCGCAUACGUGCUUCAAUCACCUAUUGCUUCCGGAAUACAAAACUAAGGAAAAGCUCCAAGAGCGAUUGUUAACAGCAAUUAAUAACGCCGAAGGCUUUGGACUAAUGUGAAGUAGCUCGAAGUAGAAAAGAAGAAACGAAAGAGAAGAGAUCGUGGACGAGACUCACAAGCUAACGUAUUUGGAGGGAUCCACGGGAUGGCCAAACUUGUCCCGGAUCUCCCAGUGCAAGUGAGGACCAGUUGCUCGCCCGGUCUCUCCCACAGACGCGAUGCAUUCUCCUCUCCUCACUUGCCGUCCCUCCCAUGUAAAUAUCUCGCUAUUAUGCGCGUACAAAGUUUUCCAUCCA